AUGUUGAUUUUCACUGAUAUUGUUUCCAAUGACGAGCUUGUCUCUGAUGCCUUCGACAUGAAGGAGGUUGAUGACGCCGUCUACGAGGUUGACGCCGAGAUGAUCAAUGUCAAGCCCGGUGCCGACGUCGACAUUGGUGCCAAUCCCUCUGCCGAGGAGGCUGAGGAGUCCCUGGAGGAGGGUGUUCUCCAGGUCAACAACGUUGUUUACAACUCCCGUCUCCAGGAGACCUCUUUCGACAAGAAGUCUUACAUGGUCUACAUCAAGGGUUACAUGAAGCGGGUCAAGGCCUACCUUGAGGAGCACAACCCCGAGGAGGUUGCCAACUUCGAGAAGGGUGCCACUGCCUACGUCAAGAAGGUUCUUGGCUCUUUCAAGGACUGGGAGUUCUACACCGGCGAAUCCAUGGACCCUGAUGGAAUGGUUGUUCUGCUCAACUGGCGCGAGGACGGUACCACUCCUUAUCUUGUUUUCUGGAAGCAUGGUCUCAAGUCCCAGAAGAUCUAA